AUGGCUGAUGAAAUUGCAUCAGCAAUGGAGCAGGAAAUGGUGGAAGAACAGGCUAUAAAGUGCCCAAGGCCUUCAGCAAAGAGGCAAAGGAAAGGAUCUCCUGACGCCCGAGAAGAAACAGAUAAAGAACGUGUAGACGAUAGUCUUCUGCAAGAUGCACGUAGAAUCAAAGAAAACAUCAGGGUCUACAUGAACGCAACAGACAGGAACGUGAGUGCGAAGGUACAAAAGCACGUUAAUGGGAAAAUUCAGCAGUUAAUAGAUAUAAUGGAGACAAUAUAUGAUAAGAACUAUGAAAAAACGUUUUUAGUACAACGUGUGGUAAAGGACACAUUAGCUUCCUCUGAAAUGUAUGAUAUCAUAGUAAAUGCAUUAGUGGAAAAAGCAGUACCUAUGGUAAUCGAGGGAAUCAAGACGGAAAGUAAAACCAUACAAAGACCACUGUCAGAACCUCAGACAUCUCGGGAGUUUCCAUGUGUUAAAGAACAACCGCUAUUAGCCGAUGCCCUUAUUGAGACCACGGAGAAUGAAAGUUUCCAGGAAAGCCGGAAUAAAGCUACAAGCAGAGCAGUGCGCCAAUCUGGUCGGGCAAUGGUGUGA